AUGCAUGAUUAUCAAGAAAACUUUAGUUCUCAAAUGAAAAUAACAGUAGAAGAUGGGCUAAUUAUACCUAUCACUGCUGUUUUGUCAAAGUCAGAUGAUCAAGAUGAUGAUCCCCUCUUAAGUGUUCCUUGCUAUACUGAAAAUCCGGAUAUUCCCAUAAUCUUAAAACUAAGAAAAUCAAAGUUAGCAAGAGCAUACUCCAUUAAUGAUUUUUUGCAUCCAACAAGAGUUGAAGGGUUAUCUGUAGUAGCUCAUGGGCUUGUAACUCUAGAAAAUUCCGUAGAUAAAUCAAGCAUCUGGCCUUUGGUAGUUUCUGUAAUUGAUAUAACAGUAAACCCUAUCCCAGUAAAUAUUCCCGAACGAUUACAAAGCUUACUAAAUAUAAAAGAGGGUUUUGUUUUGGUUAAUUGUAUGGAAAGUAUUAAAUCAGCGCAAGUCGAAGAGACAGAUAUAUCAGAAACAAUCACAUGUGAAACGAUGCGAAAUGAUAGCAUGGAAACAUCAAAAGAUUAUGCAGAACCGCUUAAUCUGGAAAAUACACACAAUUCAUCGACUUCGCUGCAUGAUAGUAACUUGGAAGAUUCAGUAAACCCGAGAGAUCUCACUUUUGACUCAACCGAGAAGACUGAUACUGAAAUCAAUAAAACAAAAGAUACUGAAGGUGAAAACUCGGACAAUGAAUCCUCCGAAUUGGAUAAUGAUGUAGUACCUACUCAAAUGAAAAAAAGCCCUAAUCCGUUGACUCAUAAUAACGAUAUGAUAGAAUAUUCAGUUGACGAGCCUAUGGAUACAUAUGGUAUGGAUGGAAAUCUAACCAUUGCCACUAUGGAGGCUGAAAAUGUUUACAUGAAUGAAAAUUUAUUUGUACAGUCAGAUCAGCAAGCCAUAACAAUUGAAACCAAUGAUGCACCGACCCACUUUCCACAUAGUACAGAGAAUACCGAUAAUAAUGAUUUUUAUAAAAUUGUUCAAGAAAAAGAUACGCACGAAAUAGCGGAAAAUAUGAGCAGCAAGAUGGAAUCUGUAAUUGUCCCAGCCGAAGUUGAUAAAUCAUUGCUCAUUGAUAGUACAGAUUCAAAUGUAAACGAAACUGAAAAAACGGAUGGUGUUAUGUCACCUCCUUUAAAACUUGAUACGCAAGUUUUGUCAUCAAACAACAAACCGGAUGAUAAUGCGGAUGAAACCCAUGAUAAAGCUUUUACUCAAGAAGGUGUAGAUGAGGAGAUGGAACAUGAAUUAAUUGAGGUAGCCACACUGGUGACUGAUAUUGAAAAAAGCAGAUGUUCAACUGAUGGGCCGAACCCAAGUAUGCAACCUGAACAAGUCGAGAAUGAAUCUCUCUGCAAGGUUAAUGGAUCUCAAUUAAGCAGUUUGGCAGAGCCUGAAAUAGAUGUCGACUCAAAAGAAGUGAAUAAUCACCCAGUAGGUACUGCAGAUGCCGUACAGCAGCAACUUAAAAGAAAGCGAGUCAACAAAUGGGAUAUAAACCUGACAGAAUUACGCCGAAGUCCGCGUUUAGCAAAGAAAAAACGAGUUCAAUACUUCCCUCUUACCAGACGUAUCAACAGAACAAAAAAGUUACUGAUUAUGCUUGGCAAGAUUAUGCCUCUUUACAAAGAUGCCGUAAUAUACCGCUUUUCUAUCAAGAUCCAACUUUUAAAGAUUAAAAGUAUUCAGUGCUAUUUGUUGAAGCUGCUCACAGUUCUCAGUUAUCCCGAUUUCCGGUAG